CAGACAUUGUAUACAAACAAACAUGUAUUACAUAAAUUGAUUUUACAAUGUUUUGUUAUAUAUUUAGUUUAGAAAAUGUUGAGAUUUUUAAAUACAAUUGAAAAACGUAACCAUUCAAAAUACGCCAUACGAUGUCGAGGGCACAUGCAAUUUCUUUUCGUUUCUUCGAGAGAAAAAUCACAUUAUACAUCGUUGGGACUGGACUCUUCUGCUUCUCCUAAAGAUAUAAAAACCGCCUAUUAUAAACUGUCAUUUAAAUAUCAUCCUGAUAAAAACAAUAACAGUCCAGAGUCUGUUACUAAAUUUAGGGAAAUAACAGAAGCCUAUGAAAUCUUAAGUAAUCCACUUAAAAAACAACAAUAUGAUGAUAACAUCAGUUUUCGGUCGGACUAUUAUGACAAUAUAAGGCAAAGAAAUACCUGGCAAAGCAAUGAUAAUCGUAGAACACAUACUGGUAGGACUAAAGAUUUCAAUUAUGAAGAACAUAUUAGACGUCAUUACGAAGAGUUUUAUGAAGAAAAAAUGAGAAGUGAACACGAAUACUUUAAACGCAGAUGGAGGGCAGAUUACUAUCGGCGGCAUGGUUUCCCAGAAGAUUAUUAUCAGCGACAGCAAGAAUAUUAUAAGACUGCCAAUAAUGCACAGCAUACUUUUAUAAGUCGUGGUAGUUUAUUUUUUGCAACAUUCUGGUGUUUCAUUGUAGUAAUAUUUAUUUUUUCAAAUGUAUUUGAUCCAGAUGUACCUCGUAAAAAAUCUGGGCCAUUGUACUAUGAUGUAGAUAAGAAAAGUAAAAUAAGUGAUUAGAAAAAUUAUUAUUAUAAUAGUUAAGCUUCAAGCAUAAACAGUGUGAUA